AUGGAGGUUAUGCACGGUCCUCCUGAGACAUUUCAAGGCACUCUGAACAGAAAGAACCGUCUACCGUUGGGUCAGCUGAUAGAGGACACCAGAGAGAGCGUUCAUGUCCCUCAUCACCCUCUGGAAACUAGGAUUUAUACCAAACUAAAGGGCAACAGUGUACUUCAGGUUGAACCGUCUGAGCUCCACUUCAGUGGUUUUAAACUUGGAGAGGUUUAUCAAAAAGUCUUGAAACUCAUCAAUGUCUCCUCAGAGGUGACCAACGUCCACAUUCUCCCAACGCAAACCAAGUACUUUCAAACUGAGUAUUCGAAAAAGAAUCGGCUUGUUCCAGGACUCUGUUACACAGUGGUUGUGCACUUUUGCCCCGACGAAUGGCGCUACUUCUACGACAGCAUUCGACUUCACUGCAAGGGAGAAGAAAACCUCAUAGUCCCUGUCCAUGCAUACCCCGUUAUUGGUGAUCUUCACAUUCCCUCUCAUAUCAGUCUUCCAUCUGUUCCACUGGGUCAAAGCUUUGUCCAUGUGAUUCCCCUGAACUGCAGCUGUCCCAUAGACUUUGAGUUCCAGGUUCAUUGUCUUCGGGCACACAAGGCUUUCUCUGUCCACCCACUGUCAGGAAUCAUACCAGCCAAUGGGAAGGCAGACAUCACAGUCACAUUCAGACCGCUCCAGUAUGGCACACAUGAAAUCACUUUUCAGGUGGUCAUCUCUCAGUUCAACUCCAAACCCUUUGUCUGCACUCUUACCGGACUCUGCUCUCCCUGUCUGGUCCUCAGCCAACAGGAAUGCAAAGAGGAGAAUAUCAGUGUGCUGGGUGAAGAUAAGAGUGUUCUUACAUCAGUGUCUGUCGGCACAAAGCCGAAGCACAGAUCAGUGCGAACCCUCAAAAAGGCUGCAAAGGAACAGAGAGACAGUGAUGUGCCAUGUCUACAGAGCGCUGCAGAUGUGUGUAGUCCUGCAGGACUGGCCAAAAUGCUCAUUAAGCAGGAUGACAAAAUGACCUUCAAGGACCUCAGAGAAGCCAUGUCUCAAACCAAGAUGGGACUCCAGACAAGACAAGUGAAAGAAGCUGUUUUUGAAAAUCGAGUGCGACAGGAUGCUCAGGAGGAGAGAUGGCAAGUUCACCUGGAUUUUUGUUCCACACAAAGGAAGCUGCAGAUUUUAGAGGAACAGGAACAAGCCAAUUCUGACUACAUGAUGAGGAGAGGAGACCGUGGAAAAGAGGAGGACUUCACCAGAGCACGGUCCGAGAGCUCGGCAAGGCGAUUCCUGCAUAACGCCGAACAGCCGCCGGAACGCGCCUCUGCAUCACACGUCUAUUCCAACAGCCAUCUGGAGAUCAGACAGAGAGUUACACAGCUGUUUCAGCAGGCUAGUCGAAAGGUUGUUCUCCAAUGCCGCAGGAACAAAAGACUCUUACCCCUGAGGGCGUUAACUGAUAACAUGAAGAAACUGUCUAGAGGGGGAAAGCUUUCUGAGGUGAACGGGUCUGUCUGUCCACUGAAGUUGUGUGGAGAAAACCUGCAACCUUUCACUUUUCCCACCUUCUCUUCACCUGAUGAGUUGGAUGAACUUUCUGUCAGGACUCUUGGACCUGUCCCUGUGCAACCUACCAAAACUGAGAUGACACCAUGCGCCCCUGUUUUCAGUCUGAAGGUGCCUCAGCAUUACAGGCUGAUGAGGUAUCAACCAGUCAACCCUUUUGAAGCAGCAGUAACUUUGUUUCCUCCUGUCCCAUCAGUCACUCUACGCUCUGGGGCACAGGAUGAGCUGUGGCCGUCUGUCGGCUGCGUUGAGGAUGGGUCCACUGAGGUGGGGGUGGAGGGGCAGAAAGACGACCAGGCACUGCAGCAGAACCGUGCUCCCACACUGACCUUCACUGCCCCCACCGCUCUAUCCAAACCCCCCCAGGCUCAUCCACUCAGGAUAUUUAACCCAGCUCCAGGUGUUCAUGCCUUUAAACAAACCAUGUCUUACCUGGAAUGCAACUUGGACUUCCACCUGUGCCCUCUCCCAAAGUACACCAUCUCAAAAAGUGAGGUCGCAUGCGUGUACACUCCAAGUACUCAGAAGAAGUUUCUGGACCGAAAAGAUAUCAUCAAAGGAGUUAUGACUUGGAAAAAGUUUCCAUCUCCUGCUCUCUAUGCUCUGUCUAAUACAUCAACACUAAGCAGCAACGUUGACCAGCAGCUUCCUCGCAUGUCAGAUCCUUUCAACACGGACAUACUGCCCUCUCUGGCCCCAGCUCCACUUGCAGACCUGCCUGAGGACAUAAGAGUGGAGAUUCAGGAUGAGCAGUAA